GGAAAAAACAUGGCGGCCCCCAAGAUGAGCGUGGGUAAACCCACCGUGGACCGUUUACCGUGCAAUACCACCAGUUUUCAGAAGAAAUCACGAAGCAAACUAGUUUCAAUACCUGGCACAAGACCUUCGAUUCAAAACGGGCAACUUAUUGUUUCGACUGGUGUCACAUCUCUCGACUACGUGAUUGGUGGUGGUUUAGCAGUUGGAACCCUUCUACUCAUAGAGGAGGACCGAUAUGACAGCUACUCUCGUAUGCUGUUCAAGUACUUCCUGGCAGAGGGGGUGGUGUGUGGACAUGAACUCUACGUGGCGUCUGCUCUGGACCACCCCAAUGACAUCCUACAGGAACUCCCCGCCCCCAUCCUGGAUGACAUCGCCAGCCCCAAAACAGUGGAGGACCAGGCAAAGUCAUGUGACCCUGAGAGUCAGGACGCCAUGAAGAUCGCCUGGCGCUACCAGCACCUGCCAAAAGUACAGACGGCCCUGGCGUCCUCGUCGAGGUUCGGACACUACUACGACGUCUCCAAGACAAUGGACCCUGAGAUCUGCCAGGCGGCCAGGUGCCACGGCUUCUACCUUCCAGAACACUCCACCGCUGUGACAUCACCCACCGCCACCACCUCCGGCCAGAGCCCUAUGCCAGAGACCUACUCCUCUCUGCUGAACAAUCUCCAGGAGGUCAUCCACAGGGAAGGCUUUGAUGGAUCCGUCCCCCAGACCAAGUCACGGAACAUCCUACGGAUCGGGCUGCACUCCCUCGGCUCCGCCCUGUGGGAUGACGACCUGUGUUGCCGUGAAAACCCAAGCCACGGCCACGCCCUCACCACCUUCCUUUACGGCCUCCGGGCCAUGCUGAGGUCAUCGCUCUCUGUUGCCGUGGUUACCGUGCCCUCACACCUCAUCCAGAACAGAGCUCUGAUGGGCAAUAUAACCAGGUUGUGUGACACAGCCAUCGCUCUAGAGUCCUUCAGAGGCUCAGAGAGAGAGACCAACCCCCUGUACAAAGAUUACACAAGGUGUGUGUAUGUACGUCAGCUGCCCUAUCUGAACUGCCUGGUGUGUGAUCUGCCCGACAACAAGGACCUGGCCUUCAAACUCAAGAGGAAGCAGUUCACCAUUGAGAGACUACAUCUGCCUCCAGACCUGUCAGAGACAGUGAGUCGUGUGAGCCGGGGAGAGCUGACAGGGACAGCCAUGGUGGGCUCCUCAGGCUGUGGCUCCGGCUCCACUGGCAACAGACAUCUGGACUUCUAGAACCCCACUCACCAUCAUCGCCGCUGGCAACAAACAUCUGGACUUCUAGAACCCCCUCACCAUUAUCACCGCUGGCAGCAAACAUCUGGACUUCUAGAACCCCCUCACCAUUAUCACCGCUGGCAGCAAACAUCUGGACUUCUAGAACCCCCUCACCAUUAUCACCGCUGGCAGCAAACAUCUGGACUUCUAGAACCCCCUCACCAUUAUCACCGCUGGCAACCAACAUCUGGAUUUCCAGAACCCCCUCACCAUUAUCACCGCUGGCAACAAACAUCUGGACUUCUAGAACCCCCCUCACCAUUAUCACCGCUGGCAACCAACAUCUGGAUUUCCAGAACCCCCUCACCAUUAUCACCGCUGGCAGCAAACAUCUGGACUUCUAGAACCCCCUCACCAUUAUCACCGCUGGCAGCAAACAUCUGGACUUCUAGAACCCCCUCACCAUUAUCACCGCUGGCAACCAACAUCUGGAUUUCCAGAACCCCCUCACCAUUAUCACCGCUGGCAACAAACAUCUGGACUUCUAGAACCCCCCUCACCAUUAUCACCGCUGGCAACCAACAUCUGGAUUUCCAGAACCCCCUCACCAUUAUCACCGCUGGCAACCAACACCUGGACUUCUAGAACCCCCCUCACCAUUAUCACCGCUGGCAACCAACAUCUGGAUUUCCAGAACCCCCUCACCAUUAUCACCGCUGGCAACCAACACCUGGACUUCUAGAACCCCCUCACCAUUAUCACCGCUGGCAACAAAGACCUGGACUUCUAGAACCCCCUCACCAUUAUCACCGCUGGCAACAAACACCUGGACUUAUAGAACCCCCUCACCAUUAUCACCGCUGGCAACAAACACCUGGACUUAUAGAACCCCCUCACCAUUAUCACCGCUGGCAACAAACAUCUGGACUUCUAGAACCCCCUCACCAUUAUCACAGCUGGCAACAAACACCUGGACUUCUAGAACCCCCUCACCAUUAUCACCGCUGGGCAACAAACAUCUGGACUUCUAGAACCCCCUCACCAUUAUCACAGCUGGCAACAAACAUCUGGACUUCUAGAACUGCUGGGACUCUUUCGCCAUGGCAACCCAUUACCCAUGGUUACUCUGCAGACUGUUACACCACUGUCACAUUGUCAACUGUUUCCCUGCCAACUGUUUUCACCCGCCAAUCUUUUCCCUUCAACUGUCCAAGUGGCCUAGCAGCCUCCUUCCUUCCUUUCCUAGGACACUUUGACAUUUGAUAUUUUAGUAAAUGCUAUUGUCUAGAGCGACUUACAAUACCUGUAUUGAAGUAAGGAGGCAGCGACACGCCAUCCAAGCCCCUCUAUGUAACUCUGUCAUCUUGUUGUGACUGGGCCUGUCUCAGAGAGAGAGAGAAGGUGGGGGAAUCAUUUCAACGGGAUAUCUGUAAUGAAACACAAGAUACACCUUUCUGCUAUUUCACCAUCCUGCUAUUUCACCAUCCUGCUAUUUCACCAUCCUGCUAUUUCACCAUCCUGCUAUUUCACCAUCCUGCUAUUUCACCAUCCUGCUAUUUCACCAUCCUGCUAUUUCACCAUCCUGCUAUUUCACCAUCCUGCUAUUUCACCAUCCUGCUAUUUCACCAUCCUGCUAUUUCACCAUCCUGCUAUUUCACCAUCCUGCUAUUUCACCAUCCUGCUAUUUCACCAUCCUGCUAUUUCACCAUCCUGCUAUUUCACCAUCCUGCUAUUUCACCAUCCUGCUAUUUCACCUUUCUGCUAUUUCACCAUCCUGCUAUUUCACCAUCCUGCUAUUUCACCAUCCUGCUAUUUCACCAUCCUGCUAUUUCACCAUCCUGCUAUUUCACCAUCCUGCUAUUUCACCAUCCUGCUAUUUCACCAUCCUGCUAUUUCACCUUUCUGCUAUUUCACCAUCCUGCUAUUUCACCAUCCUGCUAUUUCACCAUCCUGCUAUUUCACCAUCCUGCUAUUUCACCAUCCUGCUAUUUCACCAUCCUGCUAUUUCACCUUUCUGCUAUUUCACCAUUCAAUCAAAGGCAUGUUGAAAAUGUGUUUUUUGAUAAGUUGAAUAAAUGUGUAUAAAUCCAUA